AUGGACGUCGAGACGGCCAUGCUCUACGGCCAGAGGUUGAAGAGUGCCGCCAAGAAAGGAAAGGAUGACAUGAAGAAAGAACAAGACCGACAGAAGAAGGAAUUGAACGCUGUGCGCCAAGCGACGGCGAAGGCGGCAGGACAGCUGCACGGCAUGGUGCACGAACUACUGCUGCCGCGGCCGGCACGGCCGGUGGCUAGGAGGCUGACUGGAAAACAACGCCCACCUCCAGCACAUUUGGCUCUUGCAGACGGCUUGGCGGCGGCUCGAGAGGUGCCAAGAGAGGCAGUGCCACAGGAAGUGCGUGAGGAAUUGCAUGACGAAGGGCCAAGAGCAAGGAGCCCUGCUGAUCCGCUCCAUGGAUGGCUCCGUCAGAUCAAAGGGGCCCUAUGGCCGUGGCAGCCGUAG